AUGGCGUGUGACGCCUGUCGCGUUCGCAAGAUCAAAUGCGAAUCCAAGGCGCCCCUGUGCGGGAAUUGCCAGCUUUAUGGGACCGCAUGCAAGUACAAGGCACCCCGACGAAGAGGAGGGCCAAAGCCUAUCGCCCAGAAGUCCUCCAAAGUUCCUCCUUCUGGCAAUGACACCCUCGCGACAUCACUAGCAGCACACGAGCCGAGCUUCAAUGAUGCGAUCACAAUCUAUGCACCACCUCAUGGCCAUGGCACGCCAGAAAGCGAGGCUAGACAUUCUAACGAUGUCAUAUCGUCUCACUCACCAGAAUCAGUACAUGCUCGCUCCAUAACAACACCAGGACUAACAGCCAGCUUCAUCGGAGCUGGCCAACACGCUUGCACGCCUCGCCAAUCCACCCUUGGCGUUCAGUCGGUAGCUCUUCAAACCCAUAGAAACUUCUCAACAGCCAUCUGCAAAUUCGGACAACCCCAGGACCUUGCCAGCAAAUGGAUCGACAAGUUUGUCAUGUACAGGUUUCCCUUUUGUCCCGCAGUCCAUAUCAAGAGUCUGUACAGUGCCAUCCCUCUUUUGACUCCAUCACAGCAGCAUCCCGUUUCACCAUCCACGACAUCGGUAAAAGGCGGAGAAGAUGAUGGUGGAUUCACUCUCGAAGAGAUGAGAUCGUACACUUUACUCACUGCUCUCUGCGCCGUAAUGUGCACCCUGGCGGAACCACAUCCAGUCACCCCUUAUGACGCUUCUGACCUCGCAAAGAGCUUUCUCUCGGCAUCAAGAAACAUGCUCUCCUGCUAUGAAGACUUUGAUAUAGAGCAUCCAAACUCGAGCUCUCUUCUCCUCCGGUAUUUCCAGUCAAACACUCUUCACUUCUUUGGGAAGAUCCGCGCUGCCAUGCAUCUACUUCGUUCCGCCUGGUUUCUGGCCAUCACCCUUCGACUAUAUGACGAGACGUCUCUAACCGGGGUCGACGACAUAGAGGCACAGCGAUUACGGCGCAUGUUUUGGUCCCAUUACCCUGGCCAUCGAGGGCCCGUCGCACGCAGGCUACUCCACGGAGAAUCUUCCUUUCAAUUCGAAGAGAAGACGAUGACCGCUUUUCACAUGUCGACCCAACUCUGGAGAUCAGGCACGGACAUCCUCCUUGACAUGAAGAUAAUCGCCCACGCGCGUGCGCGAGCACCACAGAGCGAAGCCGGGACGCCGGUGACGCGCGCCAACGCCAUCAUGCACGCCUAUCUCACCUUCUGUGCGCUUCUUGACGACUUGCCGCCAUGGCUGGCGAAUCCUGACUCCUACUCCGCGCCUGAUGAAGCUGUUGCGCUGCAGUACCGUCGCUCCUUUUGGGCCCAGAAGACGAACCUUAUAGUCACAUACCACUGCUUUCGGCUCGCCAUUAUUCGACAAGCAGAGAAACACGGCUUGUGUCAUCUGUUUGGUUUGACAAAUGACGGCUCCAUGCUCGCCAUGCGCAGGUUGAAAAUCAGCAAUGACAUGCUGUUAGCAGUCAAGUCGGUCCCAUUCGAAAGCUUGCAGGCCAACGGUGAACCAGGCGCAGAGAAGCUGCGCCAGGCCGGUGUGGAGUUGUUUGGCAUUGCCCACCAGACGGAUGAUCAGGUCUUAGCUGCUCGUGCCAAUGCACUUUUCUCGCAGUUGCUUGAUGUCAUCACUUCGUUAAACUCCAAGGUUUCAGAAGAAUUGGCUGGGAUCUUAGCUUUAUGA